AUGCAGCCCAAGACAUCUCCCAUUCUGUGCCUUAUUCUAAACAACAACAUGCAGAUAAAUGAAAAGUCUACAGCAGCAGUAACUCGAGGAGCAGUGGAAUUUGAUGACUGCAAGGGGAAUAACAAAUUGAACUUCGAAGUUUCUAACCCAGACUUUAAGGUGGAACGUGAUGGGUCUUUAGUUGCGCUAAAGAAUAUAUCGGAAGCUGGCAGAGCCUUGUUUGUCCACGCGCGGUCUGAGCACGCUGAGGACAUGGCAGAAAUUUUGAUUGUUGGAGCGAAUGAAAAGCACGGUGCAUUAAAGGAAAUCUUUAAGAUAGAAGGCAACCUUGGAAUUCCAAGACAAAAAAGGGCUAUUUUGGCAACUCCAAUAUUAAUUCCUGAAAAUCAAAGACCACCAUUCCCCAGAUCUGUUGGCAAGGUAAGUCAACAAAGAACUGGAUCAAAUUUUGAUAUUAAUUUUUCUGUUUCUUUCAAAAUGCU